UCCCACCAGCCCUCGUCCCGCGUUACCUUGUGCCUGCUUGCUGAGCCAGCUGCCCAACAAAUCGGUACGCCUCGGCUUGGCUGCUACCAUACAACUCCACCACCCCAGCCUUCACCGCUCCCAACAUCUUCCAUGUUACUUGUCCCGGCAAUGACGAAAUCCCCAUCGUCGCCGCCCAUCCCGGCCCUGUACCGCUUCGUCUUUCUCUACCUCGAACCUGUUUCAACUCUGGCUGGCGCUGUCUACGCACACUGGUUCCAGCACGAUUACCUUAUUCUAACUCACGCUGCUUCAGCCCCCUCGCACCAGCCGCCGCUCGGGACCUCCAUCGCUUUGACCCAGCUGGCGAACCUGUAUCUGCUGCUCUGCCUCAAUGAAGCCCUGGUUCUGAGAGCCACAGACGACACCAAGCUCUGGAAGACGUUUCUGUUCGGUCUGCUGGUGGCCGAUCUGGGCCAUCUGUAUUCAGUCCGUCUGGUAGGCUCUUGGGUCUACUGGCAGUUCUGGAACUGGAACAAAAUCGACAUUGGCAACGUUCCCUUCGUCAUUUUCCUCGCCAUUGUCCGGACCCUGUUCAUCUGGGAUGUGGGGUUUCCCGCUGCCAACGGUCCCAGAUCGAGGAAGCGCGCGUGACGAAAUGGAGUAGUACAUCUGACAGCAUCUCAACCAAGGAAAUAUUUCCAAGCAGCAAAGGAUUUUCCUCCCAGGCAUAUCUUCGCCGGUUCUUUCUAUUUCAUUACUCAACCUUCGCCAUGCACACCAUACACCUACGUGAUCGUUCCCGCUCUAUCCGCCAUCUACCCCAGACCCACCUCCAGGCCUUUUAAUAACACGGAAUUCCUGAGAGGCUGAGUCACAGUUACCGUGAUCCCGCUUCUUGCCAAACUUAGCCGCUUCUGGUGGCAGCCAGAAUGUGUACUACUCGUCUAAGCGCCUGUUGUACGACUUCAACGCUGAACAGGCUUACGUCUUACACCGCCAUGCCCCAAAUAGAGAAGCUGUGCAUUUGCGUUUGCAUUGGCAUACCUGUAUGUGUAUACCGAGGUAUGUAUGUACAAUUUGCAAAGUCAAAAGUUAUCAUCCGACGUCGUCUUUCUAUCGUUUCAAAUGUCCAUGUUUCGCGAUACCGCUCUAGUGUUUCUGCAGCAACCUCUCCCCAAUCCUUGGUGACUGUCAUUCGAGCUCAUGAUCCUUCGUAGUAUAGCAGAGGUAGAUAUAUGUGCAUGUCAUUCGAUCUCAUCCUCUGAAACAAACGAACGUGCUUGGAAACCCCGACAAGAAACAUUCUACCCCUCAAAUCAUACAUCUUCCUGUCAUCAUCAUGACCAUCAUACUUGAUCUCUUACAUUUCUAUUCUCGGCGACCUCGGGACAUGCUCGUUCUCCACCGGCCUUCUGCA